AUGGCUCCAAAUGAAAGAAUAGUUGUUUUCCCAUUCAUGGAACAAGGCCAUAUUAUCCCUUUCUUGCCAAUGGCACUGAAACUAGAACAAGAAAAAGCCAAUGAAAUAACCUUUGUAAACACCGCUCUCAAUAUCAAGAAACUUCAAGAUUACAUCCCUAAAUUCUCAAACAUUCGACUAGUCGAAAUCCCUUUUGACAGCACAGAACAUGGCCUUCCUCCGAACUCUUGGCUUAUCGAGUCAUCUCCAUCACUGAAACCCGCUUUCAUGAAUCUGGUUUCCAGUCUUGUAGAGGAGGAUAAUGGUGGGCUGCCCCUGUGGAUUAUUUCAGACAUGUAUUUUGCCUGGUCAGUCGAGGUUUCUCGCGUGUUUGGAAUAUUCCAUGCAAUUUUAAAUGUUGCUAGAGGUUAUGGCAUGGCUGUUUGGCACAAUACAUGGUUGAAUCUUCCUCAUUUGAAAUCAAACUCUGAAGAGUUUUCCCUCCCUGGUUUCCCUCGGGGUAGCAAAGCACAAGGGGGAGAAGAAGCAGAAGCAACAUUGAAACAUUGCAUGAAAUGGCUGGAUGAAAAGGCACCGACCUCAGUUUUUAUGUGGCCUUCGCCUCACAAAGUUCUCCGUCUGAAGCUCAAACGAAUGAAUUGGCCAAAUCGCUUGAGGCUUGUAACGUCAAUUUUCUUUGGGUUUUUAGGACACCUUCAGAUUGCUCAAAUAGUGUGGCUUCCUGAAGGUUUAGAGGAAAGGAUUAAGAACAGCAAAAGGGGUUUACUUCUAAAAAUAUGGGCACCCCAGAUGGAAAUUUUGUCCCACAAAUCUGUUGAAGAAUUGGGAGUUUGUGUUGGAGUCGCAAAUGGACAAAGUUACAUUGAGCAUGAAGAUACUGAGGAGAAGAUUGAAUUGGUGAUGGAAGGAACAGAAGGAGAUUUGAUGAGAAGAAAAGCGAUAAAGAUUAUGGGGAUGAAUCGGAUGAUUAAGGAAGGUAGUCUUUGGUCUGAAAAAUGGAAGCCAUGGAUGACUUUCUUAGUGCAGCAAAUAGUGCAUAGAUAUGAGAAAAAAAUAUUGAGUUAUCAUUAUUGA